CCCUCCGCUACCGACUGCGUGGGAAGCUACCGCGUCUAUAAAUACCGGAACAUCUUAAAAUUUGGCCUAUAAAUACGAGGUCAUCUUGAAUCUCUCCUUUCCUCUCUUCCUCUCUCUCUCGUUUGAUCUCGAUUUGUCUCAGUUCUCCCUGGAGAUGGCAACUUUUGAGCUUUACAGAAGGUCGACCAUCGGGAUGUGCUUGACUGAAACUCUCGAUGAAAUGGUCUCAAAUGGGACUCUUACUCCUGAGCUUGCGAUUCAAGUGCUAGUACAGUUCGACAAGUCUAUGACAGAAGCUCUCGAGACUCAAGUGAAAAGCAAAGUCAACAUAAAGGGACAUUUGCACACCUAUCGGUUCUGUGAUAAUGUCUGGACAUUCAUUUUACAGGAUGCAACGUUCAAGAACGAAGACACCCAAGAAAAUGUUGGGAGGGUAAAAAUAGUUGCUUGCGACUCGAAGCUGCUCACACAGUGAAAAUGAAUUUGUGGUUAUCCCGCUCUAGGUCGUGGAACAAACUUGAAAUGCUUUACUGCCAUUGGCAAAAGAAGGAUAAUCAUCUAAAUUUCCUGGCUUCAGUCAGGUCUUCUUUUCUUCUAUUGCAUUGUAGAAUGCUUUGUACAAAUGACGCUGAAAAAUCUCUCUUUUACA